AUGGCAAAGACACAAAUAUGGCAAAGACACAAAUAUGGCAAAGACAUAAAUAUGGCAAAGAUGCAAAUAUGGGAAAGACGCAAAUAUGGGAUAAACACAAAUAUGGGAAAAACGCAAAUAUGGGGAAAACGCAAAUAUGGGAAAAACACAAAAAUGGGAAAAACCAAAUAUGGGAAAAACGCAAAUAGGGGAAAGACGCAAAUAUGGGAAAAACGCAAAUAUGGGGAAAACGCAAAUAUGGGAAAAACGCAAAUAGGGGAGAAACGCAGAUAUGGGAAAAACGCAAAUAUGGGAAACACGCAGAUAUGGGAAAAACGCAAAUAUGGGAUAAACAUAAUAUGGGAAAAACGCAGAUAUGGGAAAAACGCAGAUAUGGGAAAAACGCAGAUAUGGGAAAAACGCAGAUAUGGGAAAAACGCAAAUGUGGAAAAAACGCAAAUAUGGGAAAAACGCAAAUAUGGGAAAAAUGCAAAUAUGGGAAAAACACAAAUAAGGGAAGAGCGCAAAUAUGGGAAAAAUGCAAAUAUGGGAAAAACGCAAAUAUGGGAGAACGCAAAUAUGGGAAAAACGUAG